AUGAGGUUAGCUGCGCUGAGAAUCAGGCCAUUAACCCGUGCAUUCGUAAGGUUUAACUCCAGCUCCGGAGGAAAUCCACCUCGGGACCUGACCACACACUUUGGUUACAAAACAGUGGAGGAAACUGAAAAGGAAAAGCUUGUAGGAGAUGUGUUUUCUUCCGUUGCUUCCAGUUACGAUAUCAUGAACGAUGUCAUGUCUUUUGGGAUUCACAGGUUAUGGAAAAGCCACUUCUUGAACAGAUUGGAUGCUGGAAUGAGACCUGGCAGUGGACGCCCUCUUGAUUUUCUUGAUGUUGCUGGGGGUACUGGUGAUAUUGCCUUUGGUUUGUUGGAGCACGCAGAAAAGAGAUUCAACGAUUUUCAAUCCACCAUGACGGUUGCGGACAUUAACCCCGACAUGUUGAAGGAAGGAGAAAAGAGAUACCAAGAUACCAAGUGGGCCAAAGAAGCAGAUCCACGAGUUAGUUUUUUGGUUCAAAAUGGUGAAACUUUGGACAAAAUUGCUGAUAAUUCCAAAGACGUUUAUACCAUUGCUUUUGGAAUUAGAAAUUUCACCAACAUCCAAAAGGGCUUGGAACAAGCCUAUCGGGUAUUGAGACCUGGUGGUAUCUUUGCUUGUCUUGAGUUUAGUCAAGUGGAAAACCAGUUGUUGGAUUACGUUUACCAGACCUAUUCGUUCUCGUUAAUUCCAUUGGCUGGGCAAUUAAUUGCUGAUGAUAGAGAAUCGUAUCAAUAUCUAGUGGAAAGUAUCAGAAGAUUUCCCAAGAAAGAAGAGUUCAAAGGAAUGAUUGAAAAGGCUGGAUUCUACGUUCCUGAAAAGGGAUAUGAAGACUUAACUUUCGGGGUCGCAACCAUUCAUAUUGGAGUGAAAUUGUAG